AUGACUGAACGAACACCAAAAAUCUCUUGGACACCCGAAGAAGAUGCACAUUUAACAAGCUUGAUCAAAGAACAUGGCACAUCCUGGUCCAUUAUUGAAAAUAAUUUUCCACAUCGAGAUGCAAAAAGUUGUAAAAAUCGGUUCGCUGGAAUUAAAUAUUCAACAGCUAUAAAAAUUAAAAAUCUCAUUCUUUUUAAGGAGAUUUUGCUAAAUAGGCACCAAUAUCUUAAAAGACGCACCACAGAUUGGACUGAUGAAGAAGAUGAAAAGCUUAGACAAGCUGUGGAAGAUAAUAGAAGAGCCUUUAGCGAUGUUUGGAGACUUGUGGCCGAAAAAAUUCCCGAUAGAACUUGGCAGCAAUGUGAAAAAAGAUGGAACUCAAUUCCAAAACCAAGAAAAUAA